ACUGGAAUCGAUGCGCUGACAGCCAAUAAAAAAUAUGGCUGUGUCAUGGUCUGAAACCAUUAUGCAGUUCUUUUUCCUUUCUGAUUCCACAGCAACCUCAUUACUUGGCAAUGCAUCGUCUCCGACUACAGCAACAGCAAAAAGAGCGGCAGUGAAUUUGCCAGCCGAGAUUAUUGAUGCGAUUGCCAAUCAUGUGCCACGAUCGAGUUUGCCUACGCUUGCGAGAAUCAACAAGGCAUGGUAUAGUGUGGUGAUGCCCCGGCUCUACCAGCAUAUUCAUAUCUGCACUCGAUUCCAUUGGAAUCGUCUACUGGAAACGUUUCGCCAACCUCAAAAAGCGCAGCGCUGGGGUCCGUGUGUCCAAAGCAUUGUGCUUCGCAAAUCGCCACCACUCGUUCCCGCCAAAAUUACAAGCAUGAUCAGUGUGCGCAGUCUUCCCAUUGAUGACAAUGGGGAAACUGCUCAAGGUUAUGUCCGGAUCCAAAGGAUCAACUAUGACACCAGUGGUCUUGAAAAUGAAGAGAACUACGACGAAAUUGAUACAACCGAAAAGGAAGUGGAAUGGCUAACUUCCGUCACCAACGAUGAAAUGGCCACUGUAUUGCAGCCUUGUUCGCAGUUGGCCUACCUCGAUCUAUCGGCUUGUGAGCAACUGGGGGAUCCGGUCGUGCAAACCUUGUCGAUGCAUCAACAGCGGUUAAAAAUCCUGCGUCUUUGCCUUUUCCGGGAAAUGACUCCCGAAGGACUGUAUUCGCUGAUCGCCGCCGAAACCAAGUUAACCGAGCCAUCGCAGCUUCGACAAUUGGAUUUAUCGUUCUGUCGCCAUUUGGACGAUAACGCUAUCAUCGCUGCUGUCAAAUGUUGGGGAUGCAGCUUGACCCAUCUUCGUCUUAAUUCACUUUAUGAUAUUACUGACCGUGCCAUGGCAGCCAUCGCUCGCUACUGUCCGAAUUUACGGUUGCUACACGUCGUUCGGUGCUGGCAAGUCAGCAACGAUUCGUUACACUUGCUAAGCCGUAGUUGUCCCGACUUAAUAUACCUCUCGUUAGCGUUUCUGAAUCGAGCUAAUGAAGUCAGUAUCGGGCAAUUUAUUCGUCACUGCAAGCAUUUAAAGUGGCUCGACGUGACCGGAUGUGGUAUCAACUCAUUAUUCAAAUCACUGAUUUUGGAAUCUUGGAAACGGGAACGAGAAGCGCUUGGUUACGAACGUAUUCAUUUUGAGGAUACAGCCAUCCAUCUCUUGUAAAAUGUACAUUGAUAUUGAUACUGUAUAUUAAAAUCUUUGGGAGUACACACACGUUAAAUCAUUGUAUUAUUAAAAAAUCAUGAUUAAAGAUAUAAAUAUCUCAACC